GAGGGAUUUCGGGGAGCGCUGAAGCGGGUGAGAGGGAAGGUGGCUACAUCCUCCUUCGCCAAAAGCACCGCCAUGUCUGAGCGCGUGGCGAAGCCGACGUGUCUCCUGGUGGCCAGCGCCGCCGUUGCAGGUGUAUCUGCCGAUUCCUUCAAUCACUCUUUUACAUUGGCGAGCACUGCUUUUAAUCUUCAGGUAGCUACUCCAGGGGGAAAGUCAAUUGAUUUCACUGGGGUUAAUGAAGCAAACAUGCGCUGGAUCCAGGACUUUCGGAUGAAACCGUAUGCAAAUCCUGCCAAAUUGGAAUCAACUGAUGGUGCUAGAUAUCAUGCUUUAUUGAUUCCUGAUUGCCCUGGUGCUAUGACAGAUCUGGCAAACAGUGGUUACUUGGCUAGAAUACUACAGCAUUUCAGCUCUGAGAACAAGCCCAUUUGUGCUGUUGGACAUGGAGUUGCUGCCUUAUGUUGUGCUACGAAUGAGGACAAAUCCUGGGUAUUUCAAGAAUACAGUUUAACAGGGCCCUCUGUGUAUGAACUAAUAAGGCUGCCUAAUUUUGCUAGUUUGCCUAUCAUUGUUGAAGACUUUGCAAAAGAUUCUGGAGCUACCUUCAGCGCCAGCAAAGCAGAUGCAGUACAUGUAGUAGUGGAUAGACAUCUUGUUACUGGACAGAAUGACAAUUCUACUAUUGCAGCUGUCCAGAAUCUUGUUUUUCUUUGCAAUGGCAGCAGAAAGUGAUGAAGUGUCGUAAAUGGGAUGAAUGAGUGAAUGGAGAAGACUUCAUAACUUUGGGAGAUGGAAAUGUAAGCCUUCCUACCUCUGGAAGAGAACAUCAGUGUUUACUUAAAGACAGUAAAGUAAAUCCUGUAGGAAAAGAGUGUCUUCAUGUUUUGAACCUUAUAACCUUAAUGUUUUUCUGUUAUUUCUUUAAACCUGC